UUCUCAUUAAUUUGAAAAUGGCACAAGAGGAGCACGAAACUCUUGAGCCACCCGCAAGGACGAGCAUCGAUGAUCCAGGGGCACACGACCUUGGUAAGGCUCGUAACGAAUCCUCCGAUUCCGAUGACCAUUUCUCUGACGCUCAAUCUGGUCUCGAGGCAGCUUCUGGAAUUGCCACUCCUGUUAUUCCCCUCACACGGGUCGAGAAAGUCGAUGAUGAGACACGUUAUGGCGAGGAACCUGGUACCGUUGCUUACCGAAUGAGAGAGCAGGACGCUGCUCCUGAUGAGAUAGAAGUCGUACCGGAGGGUCGCAGAUCCGCCUCCAGUCUGUCAAUGUCCAAUCCUACAUCUCCUGGUGGACAGCCGAUUCCCUUGACGGUAGUCGAGAAGGUCGACCCAUCCUCUCCCAGCCACGGAGAAGUCCCAGGAACUGAAGCCCACGAGAAACGUCUCGCAGACGCAGUCCCAGAUCUCGUAGUGAGAAGUGGGAGCCGUAGCCGUUCUUCCACCAUGAGAUCCAGAUCUGGCAGCACUCCUGGGGACCUUCCGAUCCCAGUUACAAAGGUAGAGAGGGUCGACUCCAAGCCAGCUCAUGGCGAGGUUCCUGGUACAAAAGCAUAUGAAAUGAGGCGAGGAGAUGCUCAGCCAGAUAUCGUGGAGGAAGUGGAAGACGUUCCAGGUAAGGACAUUUCGAUGUCUCUUACUUCAGAGCCAUUGACCGAAUCAGGGUCGCCAACAGUGCCUGCUCCUAGGUCCCCAACCGUAAACCACGCGAGACGGAAGUCUUCUGCAGCGGGAAAGAAGGGGGCACCUGUCGCUACAGAUGAUUACAAUGAAGCAGAAGAUGGAUCGGACGGCGGAUUUGGAGAUGACUUUGACGAGUUUGAAGAAGGUGAAGAGUUCGAUGAAUUUGGCGAAUUUGAUGAUGGUUUUCAGGAGGCAGCACCUGCUCCUCCUCAGCAAUCUAUACAGAUAACACCCUCUUUUCCUGUCUUGGACUUCGAUGAUCUUGAUUCCCCAGAAGAUAUCCAAGCAGCUACAGAACCCUACAUGAAUGCUCUUUUCCCACCAGACACAAUCGACACAUCAGUACUACCUCCAAUAUCAGCAGAAAACUCCAUAUUCCUCACACCACGGAGCGCCUCUCUUUGGUCACAACUCGUUGCUCCUCCACCUCUCCAACCUCCAAACUGGAUACGAUCUCGAAUACGACGCCUCUUCCUCGUUUCACUUGGUGUCCCAGUUGAUCUAGACGAAAUCCUCCCAGCAUCCAAACAAAAGAAACUGAUCCUCCCAUCCAUGAACCUCAACCCCCCUUCCGGCUCACCACGAAACUCCACCGACUCGCGAUCCAUCUCCCGCCUAAAGAACGGCGAAGGCAACACAUCCUCCACAUCCGUAGACUCCCAAGGCAAACCCUCGCGCUCAGAUUCAAGACGGAGAAAAGGACCGCCUCCGGCUCCCCAACUAGAUCUUGUUUCAGCCCGGCAGCUAUGUACUAUUACAGACGAGGCAUUGAACGGUCUUACGAUUGAAGAACUAAAGCUGCAUGUGAAGAAGCUAGAAGACAUGCAGGGCACGGCGAAGGAGGUCCUCGAUUAUUGGACGAAGAGGACGGAUGAGAAGUUGGGUGAUAGGGAGGCUUUUGAGGGUGUUAUUGAGAACUUGGUGAAGCAUGCUAGGAAGGUUAGGAAGUAGAUGGCUAUAAUAAUAAUGUACGAGCAGAUAUAUAUCCAC